GGUUUCAGGGUCCCUWUCAACYCAAACCAGUCUGUUUUGAUGAYRGUAUUAUUGUCACUUUUUAGUUUUUUCAUCAGCUGAGAUCAAGGCAGGAUAAUUUCCUGUUUGUUUCAUUUGUAUCAACAGUUUUUGUUUACUAUYCCCACACAGUGGGGUUAAAAUCAGGGGUUUUGGUUGUAAAACAGGCACAGUUAAAAACGACUAUUCCCUAACUGCAGCCAAAGAUAAUGGGAGAGRAGGCUGGAAAGUUUUAUAUUCUAGCUGGGUGUCUUCUCUGUUUUCAGUUCAGACAUCUGAACCUCCAGCAGUUAUAUAAUGCUUUACAGGUGACUGCAAGGAGCUGUAGCCACAUGUGUGUAUUAGUAAUUUCUAGUAAAGRUGCUAUGCAAUGGCUUUAAAAAAGCAGAUUUAGAUGUACAUGAUGCCAUGCUUGUGRCUUCUGGAUAACCAUGUGCCUGACUUGGUCUCUUGAAGAUUUCACACCCAACAGGCAAUUCUGUUACAAUGAAAAAUUAAUAUAAAACAUGGGAAAAGUUUUAUUGUGAGACAUGGUUUUAUUAAUUUAUAGUGAACCACUUUGAAAUGCUUCUCAAAUGUAUCCUUAAGAGUCACUUAAAGUUUAUUUCACCAUGCAAUAAUGCAUUAUAAACAUUAUAAAAGUUAGAAUGUAUAUUGUAAUUUUUAUAUAAGUUAUAUAUUUGUGAAAAAAUCAGUGUCUUAAAGAAUGGGGUCACAUGGUAUUUUAUAAUACAAAAAAAGCUUUAAUUUAAUGCAUGGUUUUUUAUUUAUAAUUGAUUGUAUUCAAUAUAGAGAGAUUUGGAACUUGUUGAUAUUAAUUUUCUAUUUACAUAAAACUGAUUGUGAUACUUUACUUUGUCAUAUCUCUGUGAAGCACCUGGAAAUAAAGGGUGAUAAAAUACUUUUUAAAAAGUACGUUUAACUUUUGUCUGUUGUUUCACCUGUAGAAAAAUAGUUAAUUCCUUCCUUUUCAGAGUUCAUUUUGGUAAUGACUGAGUCAUACUUGGUUCGUUAAUAUUGGGGAUAAAACUUCACCCUUGAAGUACUGAAACACUCCUGGAAGAAAUCGCUGCAGUAACAGGACAGAUUAAUGCUCAGUGUUCUAAAUUUUGAGAWGUGCUUCCAUUUUCUUUUCUUGGUGUUUUUUUCUAAAGAAUGGUGUAGUUCAGGACUUGGAAAAGCUAAAGUUUUUAUCCAKGCUGGAGGAAUGACACUUUUCAAGAAGGAAGCAGGUAGUAGAUGUGUUUACCUCAGUGUGACUCCGUGCCAAUCUUCCAGGUAAUUUGCCAACCAAGGGUCAUAAAUUAUGUAAUACAUGGGGCAACCUAAAGAGUAAAUUACGCAAAAGAAGCAAAAUUGUGUGAAUGAUAACACGGCUGUUUUAAUGGCAGAUUGUCACUGUGAUUCUUGAACAAUUUGGGAAAUACUGUAAAGGUAUUGGAAUGCAGCAGUGCAGUUAUUUUGUAGUAAAAGUUUGGAGUGUUUCUGCAUCACAAUAAAAUGCUGAAAAUGUAUUUUAAAUCCAAAAAGAAAAUGGGUUCCUACGAAGCCUAUACUUUUUUAAAAGGGCAAUCAGUAGGCACUGGAUUGUGUUGGUUUUUAUUGUAAAUUGUAGGCAUUCCCAGAAGUCACACUCAGCUCUGUGCUGAUGGUAAGUUGCAGCCAAGAAAGGCUGUGAUGGAAGCUGUUCUAGAAGUCAGUUUAUCUUUUMUCCUGCCCUAGCACUGAUGUGCCUUUCUUGUGGAGCAGAGUACAAACCCCAGUGAAACCCUGGGUUCACUGUGGGCAGUCAGAGCACCCUUGUUCAGGGUGCAAUUAGUCCUUUGCCCUUUUGUUUACAGCCAUGGGAGAUGGAUUUUGCUGCUACAACUGAAAGAAAUUCCAUUGCUGGGACCAGRGAAUAGGUGUAAACUGAGCCUGUUAUGGUUUCAAGCCUUGGUAACCUUUCCUGGGCCCUAUUUGUAGCAGUCCUGUUAUCAGUGUUCAAGGAAUCCUUAUUUUGUGUUCGGUUUGUGUCACCCUCAGGACCUUUGCAGUGCUGCAGGAGGAGAGUGUGUUCUCUAAAGCCAUCUCGAACCAGAUCUGAAAUGAAUUAAGAUUAAAACUAAUGAGMAGUUCCAUCUUCCACCAUAAAUUUUGGUCAGUAACUUUGCUUUAGUUGUAUGUCUCCUUCUGAGGAAAUUAAAUUAGUCUGGAUGUCGUUACAGAAUAACUUGGCACUUGAUUCUGCUGAGUUCCAGAAACUCAGACAGUAAGAGGAGGAAAUGGGUGUGCUGUGGAAUACAAAGCUCUCAGCUGUUCAGGGCUGCUGUCACUGUGUUUAUUUGCUCUUCCCCAAGUGGGCACUGAAAACAGAAACCAGCUCRUGGCCUCUGCAAAACCUGCUGCAUCCAGUAAACGCCAGUGAUGUAACAAAAUCAAGAGUUUGGGGUUUGUAACCUGCCUCAUGAAAGCAUCUCACACAAAUAAAAACUGCCAAUUGCAUUUCUGCAUCCUUGCAUUAAAUCUGACAGCCCCAGGUAGAGGUGUUUGUUUAUCACCCAACGUGAGGCACUGGCACUCAGCAGCUGGGAGCUGGAGCCAGAGAGGAAUUCCCAGAAAAUGAGCAUCUGCAGGAGCUGCUUCUUCACACUUCUGCCUUUCAUCUGAAGAAGGAUCAUGCCAUUUCUUUUACUGAGAUGUGAUAAUUACAGACUGGGCUGGAAGGAUUACUGGUACAUGGGCCCCAAAUGUAACCACCUUUGGAACACUCUGGAUUUCAUUUUAGUGACUACUAUUCCUGAAGUGGUGCUGAUUAUCAUAGUGGUUACGCUAUUUUCCUUUUUCUAUUGCUUGCAACGUGAAAAAGCUGGGAAGCAGCCAAAGCCUCCAUCCAGGGAAGCACAGCACAACCCUGCAUUCAGUGCUGACACUGGCCUGGGACACAGRCACCAGCAGCCACCCGGGGAUGCCUGGGUUGGACAAAUUCCAAAAGUUGUACUGAAAAGGCAAGAUUUUGAUGAUGCCUCAAUCCCAAAUCAAAGGCAGAAUUACAGUCCUGUGUAUGCUCAGCCUCUAAGGAGAGCAGAUCCAGCACCAGAUUAUUUCCCUCACUCCCAAGCCCAGCGGGAGCAGUUUGAGUACCCCAGGAAGGAUUUGCCUUACCCAGUUUAUCCAGAYGCGAGACAGUACCAGAGAUACUAAGAAAGAGUGCUUCCUGUAUCAGAAGUGCCUUGGAAUGCUGCGUGAUUGCUGGACAAUCCAGAUGCUGAGAGAGCAGUAAGACCCUGGUGGGACACAGAGGAAAUAGUCAUCCUUAUUAGCACUAAGUUAUUGSAAAGAAAAGGAAUAGAGGGUAAUAAAAGAAAAUCUGAUGUAACAUGACAUUAGCAUCUAAUUUUUUUACUGUGUAACCUCUGAUACUACAGUGCACAAGGGUCUGGCCCUGGCAGUGUGGUAAAAACACAGCCAAGGACUUGGCUUCCCUCUGUCCCAAAAUUUAUMAUAUUAUUUUGGGCCCAUUCUCUUGUCCAUUGUAUUAUUUGYUUUUCUUCCUUCUGUAUUGAUCCAAACAGCUGGAACAGUUUUCCCUUAAAACUGCCCUGAUUUGAUUUGUAACUUUUUUUUGUAAAUGAAGGAAAUAAAUGAAGCUGUGAAAGAUUGACUACCUUGCCACUAAGUAACAAAGAGACUGAAGACUGGGAUUUAUUUCCCAUUCCCCAAAAACUCUGAAGCACAUUAUAUUGCAGUUUCUAUUAAAUUAUUUUCCUUAAUAUUAGGUAAUAUAUGAAACUAUGUGACAAAACCUUUAUUUCUACUGCUGCAAAUUCUGUCAGAAAUGAGACUGUGAGACUGGUUCCCUCUCUUAUCUUCAGAAACACACAGAAAUUGUGUUAGCACAUCUGUUUAAAUGCCCAGCUAUCAGUUUAAACCAUUUUGACCUCAGAAACUGAGAUCCAAAGGUGUCAGAGAAUUGUGUCAGUGAAUCACUUUUUUCUGUCACUUCUCAGCCUCGGGUAGUGCCACAAUCUGACAAACUGUGGUGAUUGUUGACCUCAAUCCAGCUCUGUUGAACCAACCUCWGAGUGACCACAGCAUUUGAGUGUUCAAUUUGAUACUCUACCACUCCUCUGAAAGGGAGUAGGAGGAAUAGAUAAGGCAGUGCUGUCAAGAGCASAACUGUCUAAACUGAGUCUCUUUCACUAUUUCCCCAAGUGUUCAGUUUUGUCAUUACCUUUUUUAGGUGUUUUUCCCUUCCUUCCUUAAUUGUGUUGGGCAGUUUGAAAUUAUUUUGUCCUAACAAUGUCUGUGUCCUGCUAGAGCUAGACRAAACAAUUGCAAUGUUCU